UCCGUGACGCGGGGUGGCGACUGGCUCCAGUGUCUGAGGGGCUCCUGCUUGUCAGGUUCUAGGGAACAGUUCUGACUCCUUGAAUUUCUUCUUGCAGCUCAUACUUUUUGGCUAGACCUAUGGUCAUUCCUGUGAGACUUCACUGCACGUUUUCUCAAGUGUCUUCUUCAUCCCUAAUGUGUAUAUAUCUCAACAUGGACCUGCUACUUUAGCUAAGACACAGCCAGCAAUGAAUAGUAAGAUAUGUGCUGAUUAGAAGGCUCACCUGUGCAGUGUGGAGGAUAAGCAGUGCCUUACAAAGAUGGGGUUUGGGAGUGACCUGAAGAAUUCGCAUGAAGCUGUGUUAAAAUUGCAAGACUGGGAAUUACGAUUACUGGAAACAGUGAAAAAAUUUAUGGCUCUGAGAAUAAAAAGUGAUAAAGAAUAUGCAUCUACUUUACAGAACCUUUGUAAUCAAGUUGAUAAAGAAAGUCCUCUCCAAAUGAAUUAUGUCAGCAAUGUAUCCAAGUCUUGGCUACUUAUGAUUCAGCACACCGAACAACUUAGUAGGAUAAUGAAGACACAUGCAGAGGACCUAAACUCUGGACCCUUACAUAGGCUCACCAUGAUGAUCAAGGACAAGCAACAGGUGAAGAAGAGUUAUAUAGGUGUUCAUCAGCAAAUAGAAGCAGAAAUGAUCAAGGUUACAAAAACAGAAUUGGAGAAAUUAAAAUCUAGCUAUCGACAGUUAAUAAAAGAAAUGAAUUCUGCCAAAGAGAAAUACAAAGAAGCUUUAGCUAAAGGGAAGGAAACAGAAAAGGCCAAGGAACGUUAUGACAAAGCCACAAUGAAACUUCAUAUGUUGCAUAAUCAGUAUGUGCUGGCAUUGAAAGGGGCUCAACUUCAUCAAACUCAGUAUUAUGAUACCACACUUCCUCUUCUUCUGGAUUCCUUACAAAAAAUGCAAGAAGAAAUGAUAAAAGCACUAAAAGGUAUAUUUGAUGAAUACAGCCAGAUAACCAGUCUUGUUACAGAGGAAAUAGUAAAUGUUCAUCAAGAAAUUCAAAUGUCAGUCGAACAGAUAGAUCCUAGCACAGAAUACAAUAAUUUCAUAGACAUUCAUCGAACAACAGCUGUUAAAGAACAAGAAAUUGUUUUUGACACUUCCUUAUUAGAAGAAAAUGAAAAUCUUCAGGCAAAUGAGAUCAUGUGGAAUAAUUUAACAGCAGAAAGUUUGCAAAUAAUGUUGAAAAAUUUAGCAGAAGAACUUAUGCAGACACAGCAGAUGCUUGUAAAUAAAGAGGAGGCUGUCCUGGAGCUAGAGAAGAGAAUUGAAGAGUCUUCUAAGUCCUGUAUAAACAAGUCUGAUAUUGUGCUGCUGUUAAGCCAAAAACAAACACUUGAAGAGUUGAAACAAUCAGUCCAGCAGCUGAGAUGUACUGAGGCAAAGUUUGCAGCACAGAAAGAGUUAUUAGAGCAAAAAGUGCAAGAAAAUGAUGGAAAAGAGCCACCUCCAGUAGUAAAUUAUGAAGAAGAUGCACGAUCUGUUACAUCUAUGGAAAGAAAGGAGAGACUAUCCAAAUUUGAGUCUAUUCGUCAUUCAAUUGCUGGAAUAAUUAGGUCUCCAAAAUCUGCACUGGGCUCUCCAUCAUUCUCUGACGUGAUCACCGUGAGUGAGAAGCCCCUGGCGGACCAUGACUGGUACCAUGGUGCAAUUCCCAGAAUAGAAGCCCAAGAACUGUUAAAACAACAAGGAGACUUCUUGGUGCGAGAGAGUCAUGGGAAACCUGGUGAAUAUGUCCUUUCUGUAUAUUCUGAUGGACAAAGGAGACACUUUAUCAUACAAUUUGUUGAUAAUCUGUAUCGAUUUGAGGGCACUGGAUUUUCAAGCAUCCCUCAACUUAUAGAUCAUCACUAUACAACAAAACAAGUCAUCACUAAGAAAUCAGGUGUAGUUCUCCUGAAUCCUAUUCCUAAGGAUAAGAAAUGGAUUCUCAACCAUGAAGAUGUCACAUUGGGAGAAUUACUGGGCAAGGGAAAUUUUGGUGAAGUAUAUAAGGGCAUAUUAAAGGAUAAAACUGCUGUUGCUGUUAAAACAUGUAAAGAAGAUCUUCCUCAGGAAUUGAAAAUAAAAUUUUUACAAGAAGCCAAAAUUCUCAAGCAAUAUGAUCAUCCUAAUAUUGUCAAACUUAUAGGAGUUUGCACACAAAGACAGCCUGUCUAUAUCAUUAUGGAACUGGUUCCAGGAGGUGAUUUCCUAUCCUUUCUGAGAAAGAAGAAAGAUGAAUUAAAACUCCAACAAUUAGUGACAUUUUCCUUAGAUGCUGCUGCUGGUAUGUUUUAUCUCGAGAGUAAAAACUGUAUACACAGGGACCUUGCUGCAAGAAACUGCCUGGUAGGUGAAAAUAAUGUUCUAAAAAUCAGUGACUUUGGAAUGUCUCGUCAAGAAGAUGGUGGUGUGUAUUCAUCUUCUGGCUUAAAGCAGAUUCCCAUUAAAUGGACCGCACCAGAAGCUCUUAAUUAUGGGAGAUACAGCUCUGAGAGUGACGUGUGGAGCUUUGGCAUCCUCCUCUGGGAGACCUUCAGCUUAGGGAUCUGUCCAUACCCUGGCAUGACAAAUCAGCAAGCGCGGGAGCAAGUGGAGAGAGGAUACCGGAUGUCAGCACCUCAGCAAUGUCCAGAGGAUAUCUCUAAAAUUAUGAUGAAGUGUUGGGAUUAUAAGCCUGAAAAUCGCCCUAAAUUCAGUGAUCUUGUGAGAGAGCUCGAUAUCAUCAAAAGGAAAAUCACAUAGUCACAGAAGAGUGCCAAGCUUGCCUUCAGGACUCUGUACUCCAGCAGAAUAAUAUUGUUCUCCUUAACAAUGAGUUUAUACCACGUUACCUGCAACCAUCUUCUAAGGUUAUUUUUUUAUUAACUGGGGUUUUAAAAAAUAUGUUCCACUUUAAAAUACGUCAAGGUCAAAUUUAUUCAAGAAAUAGUCCCACCAAGGGCUUUACGCUCAGUCCUACCAUUUCAGGCCACUGUAAAUAGGAAAGCACAGGUUCUAAAUGUGUGAAGGAUAAAAAUAUCCAUCUUUGUUACAUGUAGGACCACUGAUAUUUCUCAAAGGUUUUCUACUUCAGGCACAGUUCUCAGGCUGCUGUCUUUUGCCAUAGACCUACUCAGUUGGUGCUAUAAACGGCAUUGGUAAUGUGUGUUUGCAGGAGACAUUCCAACCACAGUUGGUUUUCUGCUCUGCCAAGGGAUUAUAACCUUAAAUAUAGUCUUGUUAUAAUCUUGUAUUGGAAAUUACUUGGAUCUCCCAAGGUCCUUUUUUUCUUUUUGGCCAGAAACAAGCCCAGUAAGAACCAUCUUGCCCUUGCAUUAUUGAAGUUGUUGUUGUCCUCCUCCUUGGUCUGAGCAUCAGAAAAUGAUUCAUGCAAUGUCCUCAAAGAAUACAUGGUUAACACAUGGUUAGAGUUUAGGCAGCUGCUUUUAAAGGAUGUUACAGAGAGCUGGACAGCAAAAACCAGGUGUGACCAGAAGGGCCAUCUGGGAGAAAGAGCAGGCAGAGUGGUCAUCAAAGUAGAGAAUAGAGACAUAAUUCUGCCUUCUUACCAGACUUGCUCCUUUGUAAACACAUGCACAUAUACCUAUCCCUUUUCUGUUUUCUGCAUUUAUCCAGAAGGUCCGAAGAAAUUUCAGGAUUUCAUAGAUAGAAUCCCUCUUAAUGGCAACAACCCCCAAAAGUUCUUUUAGAGACACUACAAGUCCACAGAAUAAUGGCAUACUGCUGGUUAAGUAUCUUCAUUGUAGAGGAGGUACCCCAGAAUGUAAUUCCCUUCAUUUUGACCAGAGCUGUCAUACCCGAUUCUGGUUCACAAACACAUUCAUGUGUGUCGGCACACACACACACCUAAACAAGGCAGGAAUCUAUGAAAUAGAUGGUUCAGGAGUCAAGUGAAUGUUAAUGAGAACAAAACCUAGGAAUGGCCCUCCUGUUUGCACUUUUCCCCUUCAUUUACCCUCAUACUGCUCCCUGGAAGUCUUUAUCAAUAGCUGACAGGUAUGCAAGCACAGUGCUUAAGAUGUCUUAUGUGGAUAAAAUGUAACACAGAGUUGAGACUAGGAUUCUGUUGCAGUAAAUCUUAGCUGCAUGCAAGGAAUUUACCCCAUGAUCUAUAUACAGUUGCCUCUUAGGACAAAUACCUCUGUAGGAGAUGGUCAUGCUCAGCAGUAAAUGUGACUCAGAUAAACAUCACUUUAGUGCUUUGGUCUGUGUUCACUGGAAGAACUUAAGGGAUAGAAAGUUCCUCCUGCCCUCUGCAGCUGUUUGCUGCAUGUGAAUAUCAUUGUUUAGAACUCACACCAACACUUAGGAAGGGUACAAAUGGGAUAUCGAAAAGAAAAAUGGCUUGUGUCUAUCAUUUUAAUCUCUUUGCAAAUUUGGUACACAUUUACUGAUUAAUGCAUUCAGACUAAAAUGAACGCAUAAUAAACUUGCCCUCAAAAGUAUAUUGCAACACAUAAAGCAACUUCUUUUAAUCAGUGUGGUUCUCCGCUAGGUCAAAUAUUGUAAAGAAGUGGAAAUGUCUUUUGAUAGCAUAUACCAUAGUAAAUCAAAGCACAGACUCGUGAAUUAAGAUUAAGUGCCAGCCUUCAAAUGUACUAAGAGAAGGGUUCUCCUACUACUUUCAGUAUUUCCAGGUGAAUCUGUUUGUAAUAUUCUUUGUUUGUUAAAAAGAAGAAAGCCUCUCAUCACUUCGCGACCUCAGCACUAAGCUCUGAGUACAGAGAACGAAUGAUGGUUUGGGCUUUAAUUUUGUGAACAAGACCUGAAGUUCAAUCUUUGCAUUCUGGUAUAAAGAGUGGCAUUGAUAUUUCACUCAUCCAGGCUGUUAGAAUUUGCAAUUCACAUCAUAACUCUGUGCUUAAAUUACAAAAGCUUUUCAAAACAUCAUGACAUCUGCAGCAUUUAAAUUUUAUUUUAUUCUUUGUCCUAAAGCAAGCAGUGGUACAGUUCAAGAUUAACAACUCAUUGGGAGUCUUUCAGGAUAUCAGUUUUAUAGAAUGUUAAAUUUAAUAUAGGCACAUGCAUUAAGAAAAGCUUAUGCAAAUUAUUUUUACUGUUAAUUUUGUCAUGCUUGAAGCAUAAUUUAUUCAUCCCUUCUGUCACUGAUAAUUAUUAGAAUUAUGUACCUUAGGAGGCUAAUCCUUACCCAAAAAGCACACAUGUAAAUACUAAUUUGAAUUUGCAAGUUGAUGUAGGGAAAGGAGACUUCAGAACUGCACAAAAUCCCAUGCCUUGUUUAGUAAAAAACAAUUGCAACCAACCAAAUUGCCGUUAGUCUGGAUAUAAUUAAGUCCAGUCACAAAUCUUUGUGUUAUUAAUGGAUUAUCCAAGAGUAUAUCACUAGAGUAUAGCUCCACUCAUAAUUACUUGAAUGGCUGAGGGGGGUCACUCAGGCAGUCUGACUUUCACCUGCAUUUUUCUACCUUGAGCCUUUAUGAGACAUACUUAAGUAGUUCAUUUCUUUAAGGAAAUAACUUUUUAAUGUCAAAUAUGCAUUACUAGUUUUUUAUUCCAUGUAAUCUAAGGUAACUUCCCAAAGCCAACAUAAUCUUUUUCUCCCAGGAAAAUAAUAAAAAACACUAUCAGGUUUUGUUGAAACUUUCAGAAACUGAGGCUCUAUUUCAGUUCAUCCUGCUACAAGGUUCCCAGUAAAAAGUCUCAUGUAAUUGUUUCUCUUUUAUCUCCCAAAUUUAAUAUGAGUAAUAAAGUUCCUCAUCUAUACUUGACCGUUUUCUCACAAAUACAGUGAUACUGAAAUAUUUACUAGCAGAUCAGUAUAACCCAGGAGCCUAAUUGUAUUGUUUUUUACCUUAGGGUUAUUUAGGAAAGAAAACAAAAUGUCUUGUCAUUGAAAUAGUUUUAAUUUUUUUAAGCCACAAUAUAGUUUUUCCUAUCUGUUUCAAUUUUAUCAUACAGUUUUAUAAAGUUUGGCUAGUACCACUCAAAUAUGACUUUAUAAUACCGGUGUAAGAAUGUGUCAAGAACAAAGUGUUUUAUAGUACAUGCCACACACUGAGGAACUUGUAGCAGGAUAAACAAAACUCAGAAUACACAAAUAUGGAUCUGUAUUGUACAUCACUGUUGUUCAGAAUUCUCUCAGUCAAACCACUUUAUAAUUUUUUUGAGUAUCAGAUGCUUUAAGAGUGUUAGCUGAUACUUAUUUUAUGUACUGUUUUGAGGCCAUGUGUCAUUUGAAGUAAGAUUAAUUGGUAUCUUCUGAGAAGGGCUAUUUGCCUCAGGGCCUUCUUUUUACACACACUCCUUUUAUAGCACUGCUGAUAUUUCAGAUGUUUCUUAUCAACAGAACUGGCUGUCUCUAAGUAGUGUUCUGGGUCAGGAAAAGACUUUUGUGUUAGGUCAGGCCCCUUACAUAAAACAGGACUCUAAAAAGAACAACAAAGAGAUUGAAAAAGACAUGUUUUCUUUAUGUGUUAAUACCUGAAUUAAAUGGAAUCAGAUUUUAUAUGAAAAUGAGUUUUUCCAUUUUACUAUAAAGUUAGCAUGAAAGUUUACCAUUAAAAGAAAGUGUUACCUCUUCUAUUACUGAUUUGCUUAUACAUAUCAGAAUUGUUUUAUUAAAUAAUUUAUUUUUCUCUGUUUUGAUUAGUUUCAUAUCAACUCUGAACACUAUAUUAUUUGGGAGAAUCCAGAACUACAUAUUUAUUUCUGCAAAGGAAGACAUUGAUUUAAAAAGUCAAGAUUUCUUGUACCAAGAUUACCUACUUAAAGGAGUUAUUGGCACAGAUUUAAAGUCUCAUAAAAUUCUCAUUUAAAAAAUAGUACUGUAACAGAGAAAGUAUAUAAACUGUUUCUUAGCCAUAAUUCAAUGUUAAACAUUUAGUACCCUCUGAAAUCCACCCCACUGAGUUACAAUGAUUCAGAGAUUAAAUUCUCAAUUGUUAGAAAUAUAGGCAUUAAGAAUCUCUUAGCUACCUAAUAAGGACUGAGAUUCGUCAACAGUAGAAAAGUCCUGCUACGUUAUGUUCUUACUCACUUUAAACUGCACAGAAGUAAUGAGCGUGGGCCUUAGUGCAUCUAUUAAUAAGAUAUGGAGGCAAGAUUGUACAAAGGCAAAAGAGGGAAGAACCAGUUCCUCUAAGCAAGAUGGGGCAGUCUACAGAGAAUGUGGAAAAAUUAAAAUGGAACAAAGAUUUGGACAGUAUCACUUUGAAGCCAGGUUCUUUUCUAUAGAAAAUAAGAUCACUGGAGCCAAAAGUGGCAAGGUGUCACCUACUAGUCAGUGUGUGGCCCUUUGCAGGAGCAAACCAAAUAACCUGUCCCUUGUCUGAGGAGUAGGUUUACAUCCCCAGCUCAGAGAUACUGCUGCUCUGGGUGACAUUUCCACUCAUUGUCCCCCCCACUUAGUGGAUCUGGUCAUACAUGUUUGCAGAGUACCCAAAGUCUCUUUACAUUUGCAUUAGUUAUAUUCAGUAGUUCUUAAACUAAGAUCACUGGGUAUUCAUACUCUACUAGAAAUUUUUGUUUGCUGUGAACUUAACAUGUGCUAAAUUCUUCUACUUGAAAAGCCCACUUCACAUUUUGACUAAUGUUAACUAAAUGGUUCCUCCUAUAGUUAUGCACAGGGCGACCUUACAGUGUUGAGCUGUACUCUAAGGAAACAGAAUUCAUCAGGGAUAUGGGAAAAUACCAAUUACGUACCCGUAAUUGAGGUUACAUUUGAAGGAAGAGAAUCUUAGAAACAUUCUAUAGCCAAUCAGAAUGCAGCAUGGAUAAAGUAAGACACAGAAGGGCAGAGAAAGACAUCCAGAAAGGAAGCUUUAGAGGAGAUGAAGGACAAAGCACCAAUGCAGAAUGACUCAAAGGCUAACCUUCCAACAAAUAAGUGCAGUACUAAGGUAAGCUGCUUCUCCAGAAGGGGAUUUGAGGAGCUUCCUACUGCACGUUAUUAAGUAUUGCAUGCCUCUCAACUCUCUACAGUACUUUCCUGAAGGGCACUACACUGGGUAAUGGUUUGAUUUUCUUAUGCUCCCUAUCAUCUAUGUAAGUAGCUGCUAUUGAAUCAGAGUGGUCUUUGCUCUGUUUUUCUGUAAGGUUGCAGUGAUGGUGCUGCAGCCCUUCCUAAGAAGUUAGUUGCUGAAUAACAGUACACAUAUGUCUAGGGUGGCCAACACUGUUGGAAAAUUCCUGUGAAAAUUCUUUUAUUUCAUUUUAUUAAUGCUGUCCUUGUGGUAUAACAGAUUUAGUUGCCCUUCUUAACAGCAAACUUGUAAGAACCCAAAAUGAAAAUAUUUGAGACUCAUUCUGAAUUCAGAUCUUAACAUUUCUAAAUUAUCUUCCCAAAUGUUACCAUUGAGGCCAACAUGCAAGUGUUCUGCAGAGUAGUAAAGUUUUAAAUGAUAAUAAUGACCCCAGUAGCAGAAUUUUGUUCUCCCUCAGUUUUAUUCUUUCAUGUCAGGUGCACAGAACACUGGGAGGUGCUAAUUUUUCUGGUAUUUGUUUUCUUUACUUCUAGUUAGUAUUUCCUUUCCUCAUCAGUUUCCUAAUCUUUUGCUCUGAAUAAAUAAAAAAGCCAUUAUCAGCAGCUUGUAUCGAAUAACCUCAUAAAUAGCCUCAACUAAAGUUUCUUCUCCUCAGGUGCUCAGGGGCCCCCUGCCUUACAGGGACCUCUCAGGCAUCUACUCACCAAGGCUGCUUGUGCACUCAGUAUGUGACUGCCUUCACGUUUCACGCAGCUGAACAUACAAAGAUCUUGUUGUGGCCUUGCUGCAGAGAUAGGAUGAGUAGGUGCCAGAUUUGUUAUAUGAAUGGCACUAUUAGUAGAGGCUUUGGGACAUGCAAGACUACUGUGGAGAUGUGUCCAGGGAAAGCAGCCUGAUGUCUUGGCCAAUUAAACCAAGUGACUUUCUACCCACCCCAGAGCAGUGCUAAAACUCUAAUUACCUUAACCCCCUGAGCAUACUCAAUUUUUCCACUUCAUUAUUUUAUGCCAACAUCUUUUUAUUAUUUCCUUCACACUUUCCUUAUAACCAAAUGUUUGAAAGUAUUUCAUUUAUGCAGUGUUAAAUGAUUUUUCAUAGCAUCAAUAAAGAGAGGAGCAAAUCUUAAGUCCAAAACAAGCCAAUCUACCUUAUUCAACAGACCCCAAAGCACCAUUGUAUUACAUCAGCAGCUCUGCUCUACAGUUCCCCCCCAAAACAGUGCCUUCCUGAAAAGCCAGACAUCACACCUUUUACCUAUCUGUUGGGAAUGUCUUUAGUACCAGAGUAAGGACGUUCUAAAUGCCACCCAUAGUAGACUAU